AUGAAGUAUUGUUUCAUAACAGAACCCUCUAUACCCGGAGCUAAGGUUGAUCCCAAUUUUCGGGAAAUACAAAAACAAGCACGUAGCAAUUCCAUAGUCGAGCCUAUAGUUAAAGUACAAUUUCCUCCGUCAAUUGAUGAAAAAAUUUUUAUCAAGUCCAGAAAAGUUGGUUCUUAUCCUUCAAAGGCUCCAAAUCCUUUUUUCUUUUAUAGAAAACAAUAUGUAUUACAAUUAAAAGACUCAGGGAAAUCAUAUCCAAUGACUGAUAUUUCAUGUCAUGUUUCGCGUUCAUGGAAAAACGAACCCGAAUACGUCAGAGAAUAUUAUAAGGAACUCUCUAAAAAGGCUUCUGUGUUAGUAGAAGCGCACAGGAAAGAUCCUUACACUGUUAGGAAACCGAAAAGAAAAAAGUCUCCUAGGUCAUCAAAUAAAAAAAGUAAGAAGGACACAUAUUCACUCCAACAACCUUCAUCUUUGAUUGACACGACUAUCGCGCCACAACAUGAUCAAAUUAUUAAUGCCGGAUACAUUAAUAAUAUUCACCUUAAUCAUAAUAAUAUUAACCCUGUUAACAAUCUCGUCGAUUGUGAUCUCUUGUAUUUUGAUCCUA